GGGAAGCUCAGACCUGUGCACCUGCAGACAGUAACGGGGAACAUUGCACGAUGCACCAGCAGACAAUUGCUGAGCCUUCCUGACCCUCUCUGGCCCACCUCUGCCAGAAGCUGCGGAGCCAGACGAGGCGGGGCUGCGGUCACCAAGUGGCGGGAGGCGGAGCCCGAGUCUUAGCCCCUAGCAGCCCAAAGAGGGUACAGCAUCGCCAAGACACCGCGCCUUGGAGACACCUGUUGCCACCACCCUCCACCCCAUUUGGCCCGCGUGCAGCUGACUGGCCCAUACCCUAGAAGUGUGUAGGUUCUGCUCUUCGAGGCCGGGCUCCCUCCAUCCCGUGGGCCUGGGGGUGCAUGAGGUGGCGCUCUCUCAGCCUGCCAUGGAACGCACCCUGCCCGACGGGGCCCUCAAUGUGUCUUGGGGGCCGAGCGCUGGAGAGGCGGCAGCGCCUGGCUUCUCUGCUGCCUGGACCGUGGUCCUGGCUGUGCUGAUGGCGCUGCUGAUCGUGGCAACAGUGGUGGGCAACGCGCUGGUCAUGCUGGCCUUCGUGGUGGACUCCAGCCUCCGCACACAGAACAACUUCUUUCUCCUCAAUUUGGCCAUCUCUGAUUUCCUAGUAGGAGCCUUUUGCAUCCCCUUGUAUGUGCCCUAUGUGCUGACCGGGAAGUGGACCUUCGGGAGGAGCUUCUGCAAGUUGUGGCUGGUGGUUGACUAUCUGCUCUGCACCUCUUCAGUUUUCAACAUUGUGUUGAUCAGUUAUGACCGGUUUCUCUCUGUUACCAGGGCGGUUGCAUACCGUGCUCAGCAAGGCAAUACCAGGCAGGCAGUACAGAAGAUGGUAUUGGUGUGGGUGCUGGCCUUCCUACUCUAUGGACCUGCCAUCUUGAGCUGGGAGUACCUGUCUGGUGGAAGCAUCAUCCCUGAGGGUGAAUGUUAUGCUGAGUUUUUCUACAACUGGUACUUCCUCAUCACAGCCUCCACACUAGAGUUCUUCACACCCUUCCUCAGUGUGACCUUCUUCAACUUGAGCAUCUAUCUGAACAUCCAGAAACGAACCAGGGACCGCCUGGAUGUGGGCCGGGAGGAGCCUGGAGGCUCUUCAACCAUGAGUCAGAAACAAAUCCCAAGUUCUCUGAAGUGCUGGGAGUGGGAGCAGAAGAUGCCUCGGGAGACCUUGAACCUUCACAAGUAUGAGGCACACCCUUCAGACAAGCCAGAUGGUGCCCGGGACUCACCCACAUCCAGCUCCAACAGUUCCACCCAUGCUCCUGAAAAGCCAAGGUCUUUGAAAAGGAGCUACAAGCCCUCGGCAUCCACCUCAUCCCUGGAGAAAAGGAUGAAGAUGAUGUCACAGAGCAUUACCCAACGCUUCCGGCUAUCCAGGGACAAGAAAGUAGCCAAGUCUUUGGCAGUAAUUGUGAGCAUCUUUGGUUUAUGCUGGGCCCCCUACACCCUCCUAAUGAUCAUUCGGGCUGCCUGCCAUGGCCGCUGCAUUCCUGAUUACUGGUAUGAGACAUCCUUCUGGCUGCUCUGGGUCAACUCUGCAGUGAACCCCAUUCUUUAUCCUCUGUGCCACUACAGUUUCCGCAGAGCCUUCAUGAAACUUCUCUGCCCCAAAAAAUUAAAAAUCCAGCCCCACAAUUCCCUGGAGCAUGGCUGGAAAUGAUUCAAAGCUGGGGGAAAAGUGGGGACAACUAGGGAGUGGUAAUGCUGCCAGCACUGCAGUAAGGGGUUCCUUACUGAAGGACCCAUUUGUAGCUGGUUAGCCCUUGCAGAGGUCAGGAGAGAUGGACUACUUUCUUGUGCGAAAUGGGCAGGUUGCCAUUAUGGUUCCUUAAGCAGCUCUUCAAUGCUGCAUCCCCCAAGUCUCUGUGGGAUGGCGUGGCUUUUUUUUUUUGCAUGCCCCAUUUUGGUCCAUCAAAGGUUGCCCUUUGAGUCUGGUGCCAGCCAUAAAGGCUUCACACUGUCAGGAGCUGGCCCAUGGGUUCUUAUAGUCUGAGCUUAAAACAGCUGCUCCCAGGAGAGCAAAUAAGAGAUGGAGGUGGCUGGGGUUAUUCUAGUACAGAUACUCUGGGUCUCGUUGGUGUUAUUAAGCUGUCUCUCUCUUUUUAAGGUUUAUCAGGUUGGGAUUUUUUUUUAAGUGGUGUGUGUGUGUGUGUGUGUGUGUGUGUGUGUGUGUGUGUGUGUGUGUGUGUUUUCAUGAUCAGACAUUCUGCCCUCCCCUAGACUUCUCUGACUUUUUUUCCCAACAGCCAGUCAACCCCUGCUGGCCUGGUCUUACUCUUUCUAUAUUUCUAUAUGCUGCCACCAUAGGCGCUAGCUUUAGCCCAGCUCCAUAGACCCCUCCCUCUUGCUCUUUCCACUGGGAGAUUCUUAAGAAAGCAGAUCAUGGCAAGUGACCUAAAAGAAACCUUAGCCUAUUGCUUCUGCUGUAUUUUUCAUUCUGGAUAUUUUAGGAAAAAGAAAAAAUAUAUAUGUGAAAUUCAACCUUCUUUCACUAUUUAAUGAAGGAUAACAAAAAAAAAAAUCAAAGGAACUCAGUGCUCAUGAAGCCUGCUGGAUUGGCAGCCAUGGACUCCCACAUCCUCUUUUCUCUGUGCUGUUGACAUUGUCUGAGCUGUGGCAGCUUUGAGCUACUUCUACCCCAUUCCACCAAUGAGCCACAAGCCUGUUCUAGAGAAACUAGACACUCUAAGAGCAAUAAGACAUUCUAGAGGACUAGAGAGUCUCAGAAGAGCUGGAGAUGAUUUGAGGAAUGUUCUGUCUCCAUAGGCUGCUCAAUCAUUGGUUCCUUAGCUGGACUUACUCUGCCGUCCAAUGAAAGCCAAUAAGAUCUCAGCAGCAAUGCUGCAUUUAUUGUGUUCUGGGCACUAGCAAUAGAACUAGUGACAUCAGUCCAUCUCACUGAGGCUACUGGAUGGCUCUAACUUCUUUUCACAGUUCAGUCCCAAGUUAAGAUGGGUGAUGGGAGUGAAUUUGAGGUGUGGCUAUUUCUGUUGAUUUAACUACAUCAGGCUUCAAUGAGACAUCAAUCAAUCCAUCAGCAAACACUGACUUGUGCUUGUCACAAUGGAAGAGGUCAAGAGGUAUAAGACACCAUCUCUGUGCUCAAGGAAUUUGCAGUCUGGAAAAAUUUUCAGAAAAGACAUAAAAUAUCAACACAUCCUGUAGUGACAGUAAAGGGUACAGGAGAAAACUGCCAUGAUUUCUUGAAAAACAAAACAAAAACAAAAACAGUUGCUAUUUGAACAUGGUUAACUUAGCCUCCCCUAUAAGCAAGGACCUCCAGACUCUAAGCACAUGUAAUCAUUUGACAAGUCUUUAUUGAACCAGCCAUGUGCUCCUCAGCGUGAAGGUUCUGAUACAGCAGGAAGAAGAGAUAUAGUACCCUCCUCACUAGGAGCCUCAUUGUUUAAUUUGGGAGACAAGGAAUUAGAGAACCUAAGGAUGGUUAGAGAACAAGACAGAACAGAAAAUGAUCAUACUCAAAUGACAUGCAAUGGAAUUUUUGUAGGAAGCAGGACAUAACUCAUCCAAAAAAAAAAAAGGUAGCAUGCCCUUUGAGUCACCCUCACAUGUGCCUGAACCAGCUGUUUUGCAUGUUCCUGCUUCUGGCAAUGCUUCUGCUGCUGCUACUACUGCCAAACUGUGAAGUGACAAUAAAGUGUAUUUUUUCAUUCA